AUGUCUAGAACUGCAACUUUAAAGAGAAUCACUAAUGAAACAAAGAUUCAAAUAGCCAUUUCGCUCGAUGGAGGUAUAGUGGAAUUGGAAGAGUCAAUUUUGAAAGAUAAUGGAAAUUUGCAAAGUGAUGAGCAUGCUACACAAGCUACGGGGUCACAAAGGAUUGAAAUCCACACCGGAGUAGGUUUCCUUGACCAUAUGCUUCAUGCUUUGGCAAAGCACUCUGGAUGGUCACUUUUGAUUGAAUGUGUGGGUGAUUUGCAUAUCGACGACCAUCACACUUCAGAAGAUGUAGGAAUAGCGUUGGGGGCUGCAUUUUACCAAGCUUUGGGUCAUGUUAAGGGAGUUAAGAGAUUUGGAGCAGGAUUUGCUCCUCUCGAUGAAGCUUUAAGUCGAGCAGUGGUUGACUUGUCUAACAGACCUUACGCAGUGAUAGAUUUAGGCUUGAAGAGAGAGAAGAUAGGAGAUCUCUCAUGCGAGAUGAUUCCUCAUGUUUUGGAGAGUUUUGCUCAAGCUGCACAUAUCACUAUUCAUGUGGACUGCUUGCGUGGGUUCAACGACCAUCACAGGGCGGAGAGUGCUUUCAAAGCGUUAGCUAUUGCCAUAAAGGAAGCGACCUCGAAAACAGGGACUGACGAGGUUCCAAGUACAAAGGGAAUCUUGUUCUAA